AUGUUGCUGGUCAAAAAGGCUACUUUUGCUAGCGAAAACGAGGCGGUACUCACACCCCUUCAAACAGCCGAAUUUCUUGAAAAAACAAUGGAUUCGAGCUUUAAAAGCAUGCCGCAUAACUGCUAUCCUGAGAUUGUUUCAGAUAUUACACUAACAGAACCAGACGGAGCUAUCAAAACGAAUUCAGAUUUUACUCCCUACCUGUAUUCGAUCAAGCCAAUUGAGGAAAUCGACAUAACUGCAACCUCACAAAAGCUAUCAGAACACGAAACGGAGGACUCACUCUCAGCAGCGCUAAUUGAGCUGGAAAAAUUCACGACCUUACAGUCUGCUGUGGAGACAGAACCAAUGGAAGACACUAGACCGGAGGAAGAAGACAUCCAAUCACCACUGGACAGUCCUCGAAUACACGAUUUCUUCUCCUCGAAUUCCCUCGAAGAUCUUGCAAACAGACCAGAAUGGGAGGAAAUUUUCUUGCAACAGAACACAUUAAUGGAGCAGUUCGUGGAAAUUGUUGACGUAAAUACUGUUUUAUCUGUUUUAAAAGUAGAAUUGGAACAGGACGAAACCGAUCGACCCACUAAACAAAAUCCGUCAAGAUGGAGAAAUUUUGCAGAUGGAAGAGCACAGUGCAGUGUGGCUUUGUCCACUAGCACCACGACAAAGAGUGGGCUUUGUGAACUGCAGUCCUCCACGACUCAGUGCAAUUUCGCCGAGGAAAAGGAAAAAGAUCGAAGGCAGCGGAACAAUGUCGCCUCACGGAAGUCGAGAGCAAUGAAGAAGGAGCGCUUUGCGGCAAUGCAGAUGGAAAUUGAACACCUGCUCAUUACCAACCGCAAGCUGAAGACCUUCAUCGAUGAAAUGGACUCUGCUAUUGACGAAGCUAAAGCGAUUGUCCUUACACAGACAAAAACAACCAACAAAUGA